UCCAUUUAAUGUGGGAGGGUUGGCAGUGAAUGAACAAUUUGCUCCUAACCCUCCCACUUUAAAUGGAUUGGACGUCUAUCUCCCUAAAUAGCCAAUGGGAUCAAAGAAGCUAGUUCUGACAUCAUUUAAAUGUCGAUGCAUUGACUUUGAUGGGAACGUUGCCUCAUGGCGGCCAUGUUGGUAGGGGCAAAGGAAGGUCUUUCCAUGCGUCUGCCGUUAAUAGAAAUGAGUAUCACUUGUAGACGCCCAAUCCAUUCAAUGUAGGAGGGUUGGCAGUGAAUAGACUAUUUGCUGCCAACCCUCCCACUUUAAGUGGAUUGGACGUCUAGCUCCCUAAUUGGCCAAUCGGAUCAAAGAAGCUAGUUAUGACAUUUUAUUGUCGAUUGACUGUUGGGAAUGUUUCCUCAGGGCGGCCAUGUUGGUAGGGGCAAAGAAAGGUCUUUCCAUGCUUCUGCCGUUAAUAGUAAUGAGUUCAUCACGUGUCGACGUUCAAUUCAUUUGAAGCAAGAGGGCAUCCCUCUCACUUCAAAUGGAUUGGACGUCUUGCACCGGCGCGUCUCCUGAGCCCCAGUUGACCUCUGACCCCGGGGUCCGCCUCAGGAAGACGAAGAAGAGCGUGAGCGCGGUACCUGCCGCUAAGCCUCUUAGCGUCGUUAAGUCCGCGCCGACUUAAUCCGGUUCACUUCGGAGAAGCUUCCUCCCUCUUCCCGUCUUCCCGCUUCCAUCAUGGACGAGCUUCUGCUGGCCGGCGCCGGCAGCGGCGAGGAGGACGCCGGCUCCGAACGCUCCUCCUGCGCGGACGAAGAUGGAAUGAUGGCCCGCCUCCGGUCCUUCUGCCGCACCGCUGUUAGCCGGGACGCCCGCCUGGCGCUGCACAAGUUUGCCAAGAGGAACGGCCUCCUGACCUUGUCUGUGGUGGCCGUGCUGACCGGCUGCACGUUGGGAUUCAUGCUGAGGGGGACGCAGCUCUCCACACAGGCCAAGAUCUACUUCUCUUUUCCCGGAGAACUUCUCAUGAGGAUGCUGAAGAUGCUCAUCCUGCCCCUCAUCACCUCUAGCUUGAUGUCCGGCCUGUCCUCGAUGGAGUCGCGGGCGUGCUGCCGCAUGGGAGUGCUGACGGUGACGUACUACCUGUGGACCACGUUCAUGGCGGUGGUGGUGGGCAUCGUGCUGGUGGUCAUCAUCAAGCCCGGCGUGGGCACCGAGAUGGAGAGCAACCGGCUGGGGGGCGGGCCCGUCAUGACCUCGGCCGACGCCCUCCUCGACCUCAUCAGGAACAUGGUGCCGUCCAACCUGAUCGAGGCCACCUUUCAGCAGUACAAGACAGACCUGGUGCCCAUCUUGAAAGUGCCCACCCGGACAGUGACGCCCAAUUUCGUGUACGUGGUUCCCGGCGAAAGCGACGGCAAAGCGCGCACGGUUUUGCUGGAGCUGACGCCGGCCCCCGAGGUGACGUACAAGACGAGUCCCGGCAGCAGCCAACAGAUGAACGUGCUGGGCAUCGUUAUCUUCUCGGCGACCAUGGGCCUGUUGCUGGGCAGGAUGGGUGAACGCGGCGCGCCAUUGGUCAACGUGUGUCAGUGCAUCAAUGAGUGCGUCAUGAAGAUCAUCAACGCCGCCGUCUGGUACUUCCCGUUCGGGAUCAUCUUCCUGGUGGCCGGCAAGAUCCUGGACAUGCAGGACCCCAGCACUUUGGGUCGCAAGUUGGGCUGGUACGGCAUCACCGUCCUGGCCGGCCUCUUCGUGCACGGCCUGCUUCUCCUGCCCUUCUUCUACUUCCUGCUGACUCGCAAGAACCCCUUCACCUUCAUCCGCGGCCUUCUGCAGGCGUUGGUCAUCGCCCUGGCCACCUCGUCCAGUUCGGCCACGCUGCCCAUCACCAUGAAGUGUCUCCUGGAGAACUGCCACGUGGACCGUCAGAUCGCCCGUUUUGUGCUGCCGGUGGGCGCCACCAUCAACAUGGACGGCACGGCGCUCUACGAGGCCGUGGCCGCCAUCUUUAUUGCGCAGGUCAACGACUACGAGCUGGACUUUGGCCAGCUGGUCACCAUUAGCAUCACGGCCACGGCGGCCAGCAUCGGCGCGGCCGGCAUCCCUCAGGCGGGCCUGGUGACCAUGGUGAUCGUGCUGACCUCCGUGGGCCUGCCGCCGGACGACAUCACGCUCAUCGUGGCCAUCGAUUGGAUCUUGGACCGAUUUCGCACCAUGGUCAACGUUCUGGGCGACGCCUUGGCGGCGGGCAUCAUCGCACACUUGUGUCGCAAGGAUUUCCCGCUCAGCGGCGAGGGGAAGACGGUGCCGUCGUACGGCACGACCGAGGAGCGCGUGGACUUGCCCAUGACGCACGUGCACACGCACAAAGAUGGCGACGCGGCGGUGUUGGACAGGCACGCGCACACUGUCUACUACAACAUCUGCCAGGUGUGAGGCGCCGUUAGCGCCGUCGACAGCCACGCGACCUUCACGCCACCUCCACGUGACCCAAGUGAUCCUCUUCAAGCGUGUAUGUGUGUGUAUAUGGGGAACGGCAUGCGGGCAUGCUGUCAGCCCACGUUGUACUUCCUGUUUAAACAUCAAAAGCAGCUAUUGUCAUAUAUAACGCUGGACAAAGUUGGCAGCGUGACCCUAAACUGUGACGUAAGUUUCGAUGCCAAGUUUGUGAUGUAACUAACUGGCGGCCAUCUUGGAACAGUGAGGGGAAAACUCUGAAGAGUCUUUGAAGCAUCAACAUGAAGUGACCUGGAUUACCCCAAAAUCAACAGGAAGUGAUUCGACAUCAACAGGAAAUGACCGAGAAAUACCCCAAAAUUGACAGGAUGUGACCCAGAAUCAUCACCAGGAGUUGCCUCCAAAAGAUGCAACUCGGUCAACAGGAAGUUACCCGUAAUUUACCAAGAAUCAGGAUCAAUCCCCAAAAAUCAAUAGGAAGUGUCCCGACAUCAACAGGAAGUGACCUGGAUUCCCCCGAAAUAAGGAAGUGAUCCUGAAACAAACUAAAAUCACCAGGACGUGACCUGCUUUACCCCAAAAUUGACAGGAUGUGACUCAGAAUCAUCAGGAAGUGACCCAGAAUUCCCCCAAAGCUAAAAUAUUACCCAGAAUCAAGAGGAAUUGGCCCCUAAAAUGACCCAGAAUCGGCAGGAAGUGACCCAGCAAUGCCCUCCAAUCAACGGUAAGUGACCUGACAUCAACAGGAAGUGACCUGGUUCACCCAAAAAUUGACAGGAAGUGACCAGAAAGGCCAUCAUAUCUAUAGGAAGUGACUCGUUAUCAACAGGAAGUGACCAGGCAAUCCCCAAAAAUCAACAGGGGACGCACAAAUGCCCUAAAAUCAACAGGAAGUGACUCACCAUUAACAGGAAGUGACCUGGAAAUGCCAAAAAAUCAAUAGGAAAUGACUAAAAAUAAACAGGAAGUCACCUAGAAAUGAUCCACAUCAACACGAAGUGACCCGGCAAUUCCCUAAAAUCAACAGCAAGUAACUACGUCAACAGGAAAUGAUCGGGAUUCCUCCAAAAUAAACAGGUGACCCGCAGCUGCCCUAAAAUCAACAGGAAGUGACUCACCAUUAACAGGAAGUGACCUGGAAAUGCCAAAAAAAUCAAUAGGAAACGACUAAAAAUAAACAGGAAAUCACCUAGAAAUGAUCCACAUCGACAGGAAAUGACGCGGCAAUUCCCAAAAAUCAACAGGAAGUGAUUCACCAUUAACAGGAAGUGACCUGGAAAUGUCACAAAAUCAAUAGGAAGUGACUCUACGUCAACAGGAAGUGACCGGCAUUACUCCAAAAUGAACAGGGGACCCGCAAAUGCCCUAAAAUCAACAGGAAGUGACUCACCAUUAACAGGAAGUGACCUGGAAAUGCCCAAAAAUCAAUAGGAAAUGACUAAAAAAUAAACAGGAAGUCACCUAAAAAUGAUCCACAUCAACAGGAAGUGACCCGGCAAUUCCCUAAAAUCAACAGGAAGUGACCGGGAUCACUCCAAAAUAAACAGGUGACCCGCAAAUGCCCUAAAAUCAAUAGGAAGUGACUCAACAUUAACAGGAAGUGACCUGGAAAUGCUAAAAAAUCAAUAGGAAAUGACUAAAAAUCAACAGCAAGUCACCUAGAAAUGAUCCACAUCAACAGGAAGUGACCCGGCAAUUCCCUAAAAUCAACAGGAAGUGACUCUACAUCGACAGGAAGUGACCAGGAUUACUCCAAAAAUAAACAGGUGACCCACAAAUGACCUAAAACCAACAGGAAGUGAUCGGAAUUGCCACAAAAUCAACAGGAAGUUACACAGAAAAGCCCACAAAUCAAUAGGAGUUGAUUAAAAUAAACAGGAAGUCACCUAGAAAUCAUCCAACUCAACAGGAAGGGACCUGGAAAUACCCCAAAAGCAGCAAGAAGUGAUUGAAAAUCAACAGGAAGCGACCUGGAAGAGGAAAGGGACCACACAAUUUCUCCUUUAGAAUGGGGUCAAACGCUUCCCUCCGGUGGCAAUCUCCAGUACUGCAGGUUUUCCCAAUGCUGUACGUCUUGUUGUGUCUGCUAGCGUGUACUGUAUGUGUGUUAAAAAAAAAAAAAAUAAUCAUGGUGCCUUCAUAUUCAUGUCUUGUCUCUGCCAACUUUUCAACCACGCUCUUUUUUUUUUUUUUUUUUAAAUAUAUUUUUGUAUUUAUUUUUCUUGUGAUGAACAUAACGUGAAAUUAAAAAAAUGUAUCAAAACAACUUCAAAAUUGUGACUUUAUUGUUCAUCAUCAGAUGUCAUUUCGUGAACGCUGCUGCCCCCCCCAGGUCAAAUUGGAUCGGACGUCUAUCGCCGUCAAUGGUGGCCAGCGAGUUCAUCUGGGUUCCAUUUCAGAUCACUUCCCGGUUGCAUUUUAUGUCACUACCUGUGUUUAUUGAUGACUUCCUGUCGAUUUCUCGGUUACUUCCUGUUUAUUUUGGUCACUUCCUUUCGAUUUGGUACCAUUUUCAUGUCACUUCUUGUUUAUUUUGGUCACUUCCUGUUAGUUUUUGAGCAUUUUUAUGUCCCUUUCAGUUGUUUUUGGGUCCUUUUUGGGUUACUUCCUCCUUACCCCUGACCACUUCCUGUUCAUUUUGGUCACUUUCUGUUGGUUUUAAGUCAAUUCUCGGUUACUUCCUGUUUAUUUUGGUAUCUCAGUUACUUCCCAUUUAAUUUGGUCACUUCCUUUUGAUUUUGGGGCAUUUCUUGGUCUCUUCCUGUCGAUUUUGGGUCAUUUCUUGGUUACUUCUUGUUUAUUUUGCUCACUUUCUUUUGAUUUUGGGGUAUUUUUAAGUCACUUCCUGUUUAUUUUUAGGCAUUUCAUGGUCACUUCCUAUUGAUAUUGGGGCAUUUUCAAGUCACUUCCUCUUCAUUAUGGUCACUUCCUAUUGAUUUUGAGGCAUUUUAGGUUGCUUCCAGUCGAUUUUGGGUCACUUUGGGUUACUUCCUCUUUAACCUUGGUCACUUCCUGUUUAUUUUGAUCACUUCCUGUUGGUUUUUGGGCAUUUUCAAGGCACUUCCAUUUGAUUUUGGGUCAUUUCUGGGUUACUUCCUGUUUAUUUUUGGCACUUCCUUCUGAUUUGGGGUCAUUUCUCGGUUACUUCCUGUUUAUUUUGGUCACUUCCUUUUGAUUUGGGAGCAUUUUCAACUGACUUCCUGUUUAUUACGGGUCAUAUCUCAGUUACCUUCUGUUUAUUUUGGUCUCUCACGUUUGAAUUUGGGGCAUUUUUAAGUCACUUCUGUUGAUUUUGGGUCACUUUGGGUUUCUUCCUCUACCUUUGACCACUUCCUGUUCAUUUUGGUCACUUUCUGUUGGUCUAAAGUCAUUUCUGGGUUACUUCCUGUUUAUUUUGGUCACUUCCUGUUGGUUUGUGGGCAUUUUCAUGUCACUUCCAGUGGCUUUUGGGUCAUUUCUGGGUUACUUCCUGUUGAGUUUGAGGCGACUUUAUUUAGCGAUUGCAGCUGUCAAUCAAGUGGAUUGCGUCAUGUUCGCAUUUAGCCUUUAGAGGGCGGCGACGGGAACCGCUCGUCCGUGAUUUUUCUGACGCGACGCCAUCUCACUGGUCGUCAAAGUCUGCGAAGGCGGGCAACCACAAGUCAUCUUUCUUUGGCGACGCAGUCCUGCUCGCUAGCGCCGCCUGGCGCCGGCGGACUCUUUGAAUCCAGCACACCUGCACCCAAGCCAGCGACAUCACGCAGACCUGCGCAAGCCAGAGCGGGAAUUUGUCGGACGUCCGAUGCUUUCGGACUUCGGGAAGUCGCCGUUUACCUCUAGGAGCAGCAGUCCGCCGGCGAGCCCCGCCACCAUCUUGGUGUUUUUACCCAGCCAAUGUGCGAUCUUGUCCGAGCAUCCGUCCGGGAAGACGUCCCGCUCGGCCAGCUCCCGUUCUAACAGCUGCGUCCCGAAACCGCACAUGGUGUUGAGCACCGUCUAAGCACGAGGAAAAGGGAAGGACAGCGUGACUAUAUGAGAAGAAAAUGCCAUUGCUAGAGAAUCAAAAGGAAGUGACCAAUAUACAGGGAGUGAUAUGGAAAUGCCCUAAAAUCAACAGGAAAUGAACUUAAAUGUCCAGUAAGUGAC